GAAUACGGAACCCUACAUGGACGAAACUGGCCAGCGCGUGGGCCUGAUAACCAUGGUGAAGAUGCCACAGUGGACCGUGACGGCGAUGUUCGGCGCCUGCUGCGCCCUGCUGCUGGUCGUCCUGGCGGUCUACUGUGGCAUCCACCUCAUGGAUGCGCCAGUGACGGCCGAGCCGCAGCGUCAAACAUCAGGCUGCAAAAGUGCUGCGUGCGCCCAGUUUGCCACCACGCUCAAGACGAGCCUGUCGCGCACUGUCAGGCCGUGUGACGACUUCUACGGUCACGUGUGCGGCUCCUGGGACGCCCAACAAACGGACACGGUCAAAAGGGUGCUGCUGCAGCGAGUGGUUCGCGCCGUGAAUGAGCUGAACAGAAAGGUCGCAGUCACCGCACCUUCAUCACAGACAGCAGUGCAGAAAGCGGCCAUGGCAUUUCAGGCCUGUGAAGACCUGGUCGCGAAAAACCGCAGUUCCAUGGAAGCCGUGCGACACAUGCUCAUGGAAGCCGGGCUCUUCGCUCCGCCGGUCUGGACAGGCCCGCACGACAUGGUCAACGCCUCCUGCUCACUGGAAACCCGCUGGCAUAUGGCGCCUCUGAUCACCUUCAAACUCGAGAGGAAUGCCUCGUUGCUCGCCCUGGCUCCGAGUAUGUGGGCGAAGAAGCAUUUCGCUCGCAGGUCUCGUCGACUGCCGCUAGAGGCUGACUUCGACGCGCUGCACCAGUUCUUCGCGUCGAGUUACCUAGGUUCGCGUGCCGCGGUCAGCUCACAGCCUUCUAUCGACGACAUGACCUCAGCACAACUCCGAGGCCUAGACAACCGGGUUACGCUAGAGCUAGGCAGCGAGCUGCUGCAGCCCGAGGAGACCGAAGGCAGACAGCUUUAUGACCAUGCUACAGUCGGUUCUUUUGUGCCGGGAAUCGACGGGCAGGUGUGGCGGCUGCUUCUGCACGCCUGCUUGGACCACACCGGUCCCCUCGUGUACACCGUGUACCACGCAGCUUUCGUCCGAAAGGUGCUCUCCUUGCCUGCAAAAAUCGGGGCACCCGCGGCACAGCAGUAUCUAAGGUGGUACGUCAUCGAGACACUGGCAGCGAACUACCAUGGACCUUGGAUGGUCGAGGUGGCCGGAAGUCAAGAACGCGCCCUACUGAAUCAGCAAUUCAAGUGCCACCGUAUGCUGCUGAAGUACGCAGGGCGGGCGUUUGCGGCACCGUACGUGCGGAACUUCUUUACCGAAGCUGUCGAGCGGGAUCUGAGAACGCUGCAUCGCAAUCUCACUCACGCCUACGAGUUCAUUUUGCAGGCACUCAGGCCGUUUGUUCCGGCAUUCAGCUUCGGUGCUUACGACGAACGCCAUGGCCACGACAGUCAGAAGAACAGGACCAUCAACGCGGACAGAGGACCUUUCGAGAUUGUGGCGAAGUCAAGCGAUGCCUACCUCGAUGACGCAUACCAAAACUUCAGCGACAUGUCCACUGAUAGCUUUGAGAAUUGGCUCCGGCUAAAAGCGGGUUUCAGUCAUUCCGACAGAGACAAAGUGACUUUUCCCCAAGUCUACUCAAAACGGCUAGGACCAAUCUUUUAUGAAUUGGUCGACAACGGUGACGAUGGCGGCGCGGACUUUCGCUUGCUUCCUGACGUGAUCGCUGUUCCUUUUUACCACUCUGAUGCACCACUCGUUUUUAAGCUCGGAGGCCUGGCAUCGUUGAUGUCUUCCGCGCUGCUUGCCCUGGUGGUGGACAAAGGCUUCAUUGAUCGGGGAAACGUGUCGUGGGCGGGACAGGCCUACAGCCAGAGCCGUCCUGUCAGCGAAUGUGCCCGGCGCGUCGUUCAAGCACUGGAGCAAGAGUCCCAGGCCACGACCCGCCUGCUGGAAGUGGCAGCCCUCCGGCACGUCCUUGAGACGCAAGAGCGGGGAGAAGCCGUGGCGGCCUUCUUAGCGGAUGUGCCCCAGCUGUCCGGUCCUCAGCUGCAAUACGCCGUCUGGUGCUACCUGGAGUGCGGCGACGCGCGAGGCCGCCAUCGGUGCAACGCACCACUCUGGGACCAUCCGUCGUUCGCCGAAGUUUUCACAUGUCCGGCCGCGGCACCCAUGAGGAAAGCAGCCACCUGCGCAGCUACUCUGCUUGCUGAACGCUUGUACGACUACAAGAGACAAGCUUAACUGAUACGCUGUUUCAU